UGUUUCAGUCUUUGUGCGAAAUCAGGUCUUGUUCACUCACUCUCAGCCUGUUACGUCGUUUCUAAGAAUGUAUCAGUCAUCUUUUUGAGAUCAUUAUCCUGUGGUAAAGAUAGAUCUAGUUCCAAUCGCGAAAGUGUUUCGCCAGCAUUUUCAGUUCUAUACCUGAAGUGUUUCAGUUUUCGUACGAACUGAGGGGUACUUUACUCACUGAGUGGAUGUUAAGGCGUUUCCAAAAAUGUAAUUAUCAACCACAGAUGGCCAUUAGCCAGCAGAAGAGAUGGUUCUAAUCGCGAAAGUUUUUCGCUUGCAUUUUCAGACCAGUGCCUGAAUGGUUUGAGUCUGUGGAGCAAGUUUCAACUGUGUGACAAUGUUGCCAUGAUGAGUGUCUUACAGUGACAGGUGCUCCAAUAUCAGGAGUAGACACAGAGGAAAUAGCUAGGGGCCCUAUCACCAUCGUGCUGGACUGUAAACUAACCAUCGAUGAUGUACCUAUCGGCCUGGCCCUACAACAUCAUUCCCCGUUCAGAUACCUGUGCCAAAGGACAUGGGUGGAGGUCUUACCAGAUGUCUCCCUACCUGUCUCUCUUCUCAACAAGGUUUUAGAAGCCCGGUACCUGACCCACGUGGAGAUAGAAGACAAAGAGGUGUGUACUGACCCCGUCCGCUGGGAACAUCUCCUAGAAGGUCUUCAGAGACUCACGGAGCUCCAGGCUCUGUCUCUGCCCAACACUAUACAUGUCACGCAGUUGCCCAGUGCGGCCUACCAGUUGGCCGGGGUGUUCAAGUCUCUCAUUAAACUCAGGAAGUUGAACCUUGCAUCUUGUACUUUGAAAGAAAGUCUGGACAGUCUCUUAGCCCCGCCCACUCUCCGCUUGACCUACUUAAACCUUCGCGACUGCCGACUGACUCAGGUGGACAUCCGGUCUCUCCUCUUGUGGCCAGGUUUGGCGGGACUCCAGGAGCUCAAUCUGAGCAGAAACAAUCUGAGUCCCUUAUCACCCUUGGUUGCCUGUCUGUUACCACGUAUGGAGCUGAUCACCUGCUUCGCCAUCUCCUACUGCUCGCUGUCCAUGGAAGGCAUGCGACAGAUCGUACGUCGCAGCAUGGACUGCACCCACCUUAAGGUCCUCUGUAUACAGUCCUUCAUACCGCCGCCUCUCUAUGAGGUACGAGGAAUUCUAGAGGACUGUGCUAACAUCCAAACAUUGCAGAAAUGUGUCCUACUCCCAGAAGCCUAUGCCUUUCCCGGAACACACAUCUCUCAAAGGGCAGACAACCACGACAGAACUGUCGCACUCUGCUCGCAGAUGUUGGAUCAACUCGGUCGUGCGGACAUCGAAUUAGAGUAAUGGCCCUUGGUGUUGCUUUCAGUCCGUAGAAACAGGAAAUGGGCAAACGGUUUAAUUAAAGAUACUCUACAGAGAAUCUUUGAUGUAACGGCAGCAGCGAAUAUAAACUAUUCCUGUGAAAAUAUUAUAGCAAAAUAAACAAAACAAUUAAUUCUCGUUUGAGACGUCACGUUUACUUCAAAAUUCAUGGCCUUGUUUUUAAGGGUGGAAAAUACAUCUGAAAUAGCACUUUAAUAAAUCGAAAUGUAUUAGAAUUUAGAAAAGUGUAAUAAUCCAGUUCUAUCGCAGCUGUAGCCAUUUCUUGGGUCCUUACGUCUUGUUUCUGCACUUCGGUCUGUCACGGACACCAAGGGCUAUUUAAAAUGUUUUUCUUUUUUUUUCUUUCUUUUUUUUUUUUAAUAAUGUGCUGUUCACACGACAUAUAUAUUUUUGUUCUGGUUGUUUCUAUUGGAAUAUGAAGACGUGUUUUAAACGUUUUGUAAGACUGGGCGGAUGACAAUCCCCCAUGUUGCGCACUGUUACGAAUGCUUGUUGCUUUCAAACCCGAAUCAGGGUUUUGGUAAAUAUCAAGAUCAGCCCCCUCGUUCUUGAUUUUUUUUUAACUUGUGGUAAACUUUGGGAUGAGCAAGUAAUUGGAAGAAGACACUGGUAGAUAAUGUUUAAUUUCUCGCUUGCUGAGUAGCUCUGCCCUGCUAUGUUUGUUUUUUUUUACCGAAGAUUCGUGUUUCACGAUGGUUCCCCCCUCUCUUUGGGCAAUAAAAAAACAACAGCAGGAAAAAAACAAUAAAUCAACUAACAAAAACAAAACAAAAACCCCUAAAACCUCCUAGAAAAAAUACUAAAGAUUUAUUAGAGCUUUAAUUUUGCACAUUUGACAUGCAUUUUAAGAUCCUAUUAUAUAGACCUAUGCCUAUAUAUACACGGUAAAAGUAAACUCAGCCCCCAUUCUCAAAAUAAGUUCUUUCUCACAUGACGUCAUGGGGACCCAAAUAAUGCCCACAAAUAGUGGGGACCCUGGAUGAGCGUACAAGAUCAUGUAAGUCCCGAAUGGUUGUAUGUUAUUCUGUGUCUUGAAACUGUAUUCCACGAGCAAUGAACCUGUUAUCAUAUAUUUAAAUCAACAUUCUUGCAUGGCUUUAAAUACAUCUCAAAUGGCACUUAGAGGGUCUGAUAAUAUCAUGAGCAUACGCAACUCCAAAAUUAUAAUACUGUUUUAUUGAAUGGCUUUGUUUUUAUUUCCCUUCCUGUUAUUGUAACAUAUCGCAUUCGGUAUUUGCAAAUAUGGAAAGUUACGUCUAUAAUGAUGCUUUAUUUUGACUUUAUGUUAUUUUGUAAAGAAACCCUUACUUUCCUGUAUCCCCCACCCCCCUCUUCCCCCCACUCACCCAUCUUUUCCGCCAUGUAGGCCUUCUCCCAGAUUUUAUUUUUCCCUAUAAUGUACAUGUAGUAAAAGGUUGUGAUAUCAAGGUUGGUUUUAUUUUCCUGU